CCCAGGGGCGGGAGGAGCGAGGCUGACAUCACCGCCCCGCUGCUGCCGGGGCCGGCUCCGCUCCGCUCCGCUCCGAGCCCGGGGAGGCCGGUCCCCAACCCCGGCAGGAUGAAGGGCAGAGAGGGAGCGGGCUGAGAAGGGGACGGCGUCUUUUUGGGGCUGGCACGGGGGUCAGCAUCACCUGCUCCCCUCCACGACGCCUGAGCGAACCCCAACGGUGAAUUUGGGACCGGAGGGGUCAGGAGCCACUUCUCGGAGGCAGAAGGAUCUUUUCCUGCCCAUCAAGCUUGGGGCAGCAUCCCCUGAUCCCAUCGCCAUGGCCUCCCCAGAGGGGCUGCAGUACCGGGCGCUCUACGAGUACCAGAAGGACCGAGAGGAGGACCUGGCGCUGAGCCCCGGGGACGUGCUGACGGUCAGUAGGGCCUCGCUGCUGGCUGCCCCCGACUACAAGGACGGGGACGAGCGCAGCCCCCAGGGCUGGCUGCACGGCCUCAACGAGCGCACCAAGGAGCGCGGAGACUUCCCCGGCACCUACGUGCAGUACCUGGGCCCCGUGCGCAUCGCCGCCGCCACCGCCAAGGCCAAGCCACGACCCUUGCCCCCGCCGCCCGCCGGGACCCCCGUGCCUGCCGGACAGCCCUGGGGGCUCCCCGGGCAGGCAGAGCACAGCGAGCAGCCAGCACUCCCCGAGCAGGCGCUGACGACCGUGGCCAGGCUCAUCGAGGCGCUGGAAAAGCAAGGGCUCGACAGCGAGGUGCUCUACACAUCAGCCCCCGGUGCCCUGGGUGAUGCUGAGCUGAAGCAGGCCCUGCUGGCAGACCCCUCGGCUGUGGACAUGGACCUGCUCGAUGCCCAGACGCUGGCCGAGGCCCUGAGGUGGUACCUGCAGGAGCUGCCAGCCCCACUCAUCCCCCCUGCCGUCUGCACCGACCUGCUCCACAUGGCUCAAGAGACCCCGGGCCUGGAGGAGUGUGGCCAGCGAGCCCGAGCCCUGCUGGCCCCCCCGGCCCUGCCGCAGCCCCAGGCGCUGCUGCUGCAGGAGCUGGCCCAACACCUCGGCCGCCUCUGCCAGGGCUCCCGCAAGAACCGGCUGUCGGCUCGGCUCCUCGGGGAGCUUUUUGGGGAGCUGCUCCUCCGCCCCGCUCCCUCCAGCACCGAGGCGAGCCCUGAGCUUUGUGCAAAGAUCCUCGAGUCCCUCAUCGUGGCCAGCGAGGCGGCGGAGCUGCCGGCAGCCCCCGCUCUUCCUCCAAAGCCCCCCAAGCCAAUGACUCCAGUCAAUACAAAUGGGAUAAAGGACAAUUCCAGUUUCUCUCUGCAGGAAGCAGAGUGGUACUGGGGGGACAUCUCCAGGGAAGAAGUAAAUGACAAAUUACGAGACAUGCCAGACGGAACAUUCCUGGUGCGCGAUGCAUCGACCAAGAUGCAGGGAGACUACACUCUGACGUUACGGAAGGGUGGCAACAAUAAACUGAUAAAGAUCUAUCAUCGGGAUGGAAAAUACGGCUUUUCUGAUCCACUGACGUUUAAUUCAGUUGUGGAACUGAUUAACCACUACCGCAAUGAGUCUCUUGCUCAGUAUAACCCGAAGCUUGAUGUGAAGUUGAUGUAUCCAGUGUCCCGGUACCAACAGGAUCAGUUGGUGAAAGAAGAUAACAUAGACGCAGUAGGUAAAAAGCUUCAAGAAUACCACGCUCAGUAUCAGGAAAAGAGUAAAGAGUACGACAAAUUGUAUGAAGAAUAUACCAGAACAUCACAGGAAAUCCAGAUGAAGAGGACCGCAAUUGAGGCGUUUAAUGAAACUAUUAAGAUAUUUGAGGAACAGUGCCACUCCCAGGAGCGAUACAGCAAAGAAUACAUUGAGCGAUUUCGCAGAGAGGGGAACGACAAAGAAAUUGAACGGAUAAUGAUGAACUAUGAAAAAUUAAAAUCACGCCUGGGCGAGAUCCAUGACAGUAAAAUGCGUCUGGAACAGGAUUUGAAGAAGCAAGCUCUGGACAACAGGGAGACUGAUAAGAAAAUGAACAGUAUCAAGCCUGACCUAAUUCAGCUCCGCAAAAUCAGAGAUCAGUAUCUUGUAUGGCUCAAUCACAAAGGGGUGAGACAGAAGCGAAUAAACGACUGGCUGGGGAUCAAAAAUGAAAACAUUGAUGACACAUACUUUGUGAAUGAAGAAGAUGAGAACCUGCCACAUCAUGACGAGAAAACUUGGUUUGUUGGGGAUCUCAACCGCAUCCAAGCAGAAGACUUGCUCUGUGGGAAACCUGAUGGAGCAUUUUUAAUUCGAGAGAGUAGCAAGAAAGGAUGUUAUGCUUGUUCUGUGGUAGCUGAUGGAGAAGUGAAACACUGUGUGAUCUACAGCACUCCAAGAGGUUACGGGUUUGCAGAACCAUAUAACCUGUACAGCACGCUUAAGGAUUUGGUUCUUCAUUACCAGCAGACGUCCCUCGUCCAACACAACGAUUCCCUAAAUGUCAGGCUUGCCUACCCUGUCUACGCACAGAUGCCCCCCUCUCUUUGCAGAUAAAUUUUGGGGAGGAGGAAAGUGUUGGUUAUCUUGGAUUCUUUUCUACAAUUUUUAUUAGAACUUGGAGGGCAUUCUUUCUCCUUAGACUGCUUGUUUUGCACAAGAAGUGAUUCUGUGAAUGUGAAUCAAAAAGAGGCCUAGCAGCAACAAGACGACAACUUGGGUGUAGGUGUCCUGGUGCUACCUUAAAAGCUCAGCUGUGCUUUUACACUGAUACUUGUGUUUCCUUAUGAGGGGAAUAAACUCAACAAAAUGCAUACAAAAAUACUGGAAGCAAAACAUUGUUUUCUGGAGAUAAUUUUUUGCCAGGCACCUUCAGUGGAACUUCUAAUUGGAUUUUGUUUUCUCUUGUUCUAGCAGAGGCGAUUCGAAGCCUCUGCUAGAGGCAUCAGUAACGUCUUUCAGUCUUAAACUCCCAAGAAACUAGGGGGGAAACUCUACCACAGCAAUUCUUCUCUGUUAAUUUUAGCAGCUUCUCUGCGAUUCAGCCGAACUUCCAAAAGAGGGCUUGUCUUGAGGUAGCGUGGAAUUUGGUGAGAGAAGACCAAAGGAAUUACGGGAAAGCUUCAGGUUUUUAUUUAAAUGGAAAAAUGCUUGUAAAGAAAAGUCGCUUUAUUUUUUUGCCAACAGUGACAAAGUUUUGGUUUCAAUGGCACUACAGGUCUUCACUUAAAGGAAACGUUUAUAACCAAAUUGAACACACCAAAACUUUGUUUGUUGCUAGAUUGAGCACUUACGGGGAAGGUUGCGUUAGCAUCCGCACAUACUUUCUACACCAAAACUUGAAACAAAUAAAAGGAAAAGCUAAAACAUUGUGUGGCUUCAAAACACUAAAUUUGUCUGAUCUGAUGUAACUGCUCACUCUCCUCUUUUCCUCCUCCCCUCCCUUCCUCCCGUUCCUCAGCUUGGGAUUCUGUUUCCAGUUUUUAAAGAUGCUUCAGAAUGUAAACUAGAACGAAGCUUGCACUCGUGUUGCUGUUCUCUUGCUGAACAACGACAGACUCUCCUAAUGCUUGAUUUUGAUGUAAAAGAGGUAGGUGCAAUCUAAUGCUUCUGGAUGGCUUACUGUACCAAAUUAUUUUCUGAGGAGUCGCCACUUUGGCUGUAUAGAAGUGUGUGAGCUAAUUAGAGAUCUCCUCCGAUUUGUUCUUUGCAAGCUAGACCCUGAGCUUCCACACCACUGCCACCAAGCAAGAUUUUACACCGGUGUAAUCUGAAUUCCCUUGUAGUUUUGGACGUAGUGCAAAAGGGGAAGGAAGGAGCGCCGUGCUCCUCAGUUACUGGGUGUCGGGUCCCAUCCUUUGGCCAGGGCUGCUGUCAGGUACUGGAGCAGGUAGUCCCGGGCUUUGCCGAGCGUAACAAUCAUCCGAGAAAUCCCCUCCCUGGAAAGUAUACAGAGCAGCUUAUUUCCAUUCCUUAAGCUUCUGAAAUGAAAAAGAGCUAAGUUUGGCAAACCGAGCCGCUUGGCAUCAAAGCGUAACUGGCAAAUUAAUUGUUCAGUGUGCAACCUUGAAAGUUACUUUUGUUCCCAUUACUGGAAGCGGUCCCCUUGAAAUGCACCCAUUGUACGGGACAGGAAGCAGACAGCCGCGCGGAUCUGAGAAUGUUCUAGACCUGUUUCUGACCCUGUGGCUCAUUUCCUGUUUAAAUGUGGCUUUUCUGUAAUGCCUAGGGAGGAAUGCCAGGCCUGUUGGUGUCGAAUGUUUACACGAGAAGUAUUAUUUAGCCGAAUGUCCUGAAUUUGCAAGCAGGGAAAUGACAAGCCUGGAGCACUGAUGGCCAUUGCCAGGAGGGGAGUCCAGGUGCCUGGCGUGCCCGUGAUAUGUUUUAUUUUGCACUAAUGACCCCGACGCUUCCCAGGCACUUUCUGAUCAGCUGGAGUGCGGUCUGCUGGCAAGGAGCUCCGUAAAUGCCACUUUCCGUGAAAUGAAACACCACAAGAUUGAACCAAAGCUUGGAGAGAGAGAGAAGGAAGCUCGUGCAAGCUGCCGUGUCAGAGUGACCUGCAUCUGCUGGUGUCCCUUCUGUCCCACUUCCCUGAGGAAAGGAAAAAAAACAGAGGUAGCCUUUGCUCAUAGUGAAAAUCUGGAAUGGAUUCCUCUGUUGUGUGUAGACGUGGAAAUUUUUCUUUUUAACGACCCUUGCCCUACCUCUUGGAGAAUUUGCAGUUCUAAUCUGGUCGCUGUAAAGCCGUCGCUUUCACACCCACGGGCACCUGGCGUGCCCCUGGUGCUGGGCUCAGCCAAACGCCCAUGAGGGAAGGCAGUUCAGAGGCACAAGUGACAGCCAGGAGCCUAAUUCCUGUGAAAAAAUCUGUGCGAGAGGAGCGCCCUUUUUCUGUGCCUCUGGGAUCUCCUCUUGAAGCUGGUGGGACACGAAUUUCUGAUCCCUGCUCUUGUGAGAGGGACACUGGCUGAAGCACUCCACAUCUGCCACGUUUUUAGAUAGCGCUCGGCCUCGGGUUUGGUUUAGACAAGCGCAGAUCUGCUUCCAAGCUCGUAAAUCCCGGCACACCCUCGCAGUACUGACAGCAGCGGGGUAGGGAAGCGGGGCUGGCUGAGGUUUCCCCGCAGAGGAAUCCCACUGAUCCUGUGAGGUCUCGGUGCAGGCUCCGGCCCCGGCCGUGCCAACGUAAACACCGAGUAAUUCCGCUGGCGUCUGGCGGUGCCUCGGCCGUGCAGUGGUGUGAGCGAGCUCAGGCUCUGGCCCCUCUCCCCGAGAUCUCUCCCUGAUGGCAGGUGAUGGAUUCGCUGUGAACGACGUGCUCAGAGCCAAAAGCCAUCCCGAAGGAUUUCUUAGAGGCUGCUCUGCCCAGGCCUCUGAAGCAGGGCAGAUGGAGCCCACUCUGCGUGCGCUCGGCUCCUUUGCCCUCCGCUGAGGGUUUGUUUUGCCUCUGCACCUUUCUGCAUUUGCUUUUAGGCACCUGAAGUCGCAGCCGCCGGCACUGCUGCCCUCGACCCUCACGUGCCAUUGCACAGAUUCCUUUCACGUCCGCUUUGCACUCGUAUGGCAAGUGAAAUGGGCACAAAACCGCCCGGCACGGGCAGCUGCUGUCACCCGCAGGGUGAGGGCUGAGUCCUGCUGCUCCGGCAGCACCAGGAUGGGGAGAAAACCCCUCGCGUCCCGCAGCGGGGUGCAGGAUUACACCCUAGUGCAAAACCCAGCUGCUAAGCCUAGAACAAAUACAGGAAAUGUGAACGCAGAGGCAAAACAAAGGGACUCGAGUGCUUUUAGAGCAGGAAGGUGCAAGAACGCUUCGGUUUCAGGAGUCUCAGUGGCGGGAGGAAAGGGGGGGAGAGCCCCGCUGGCGUGGCAGCCGCUUGGUGUUGGGCUGCGGGUCGCCCCUCGUUGUGUUAAAUGUAUAUGUAGACUUAAAUAAGUAACUUUUGCACAGUGUUAAAGGGGGGCGGGGGGGUGGGAAUGCUGAAACUCUUAAUAUGCACAGUUUCUUCUAAUCUGUUUUGAAGUAUAUUUGCAGGGAUCAGGGGUGAGUCAGUAUUUUGUAUUCGGAUGGAUGGGAAAUCAGGUCGACUUCCACAGUUGCCAUUGGCCCCGUUACAUCAGCCAAGAGUGCCAUGUUUCUGAAGUUAGUAAGUCACAAAUCUUUUCCCACUCGUUUCUUUACUGCGUGAGCUUAGAACGGAAGGAAGCAGCCUGGAAGCAGAGGGGUGUCUCGACAGACACUCGGGCUGCUGCGCGGCGCUGUGCGACGCAGUGACUGCCCGACGCAGGGAUGCUCCAGAUCUGGGGCUUGUAGUUCUUUCUUUUCUUCUUCUUUUUUUUUUUUUUUUUUUUUUUUUUUUUUUAAUAAUUCUCAGCUGCUUUGCACCGCUGGUAGUUGCAGUUCAGACCCGGUGCAGCCCUCUGUCUUAUGCCAAACCCAAGAUGCUCUUCCCACCCAUCUCUCGGUGUGGCAGAGCUGCGAGAAGUUUUCCAUGUAACGCGCUGGGCCUGAGCCUUUUCUCGCUGACACUCAUGCAAGCAAGAGUCUCACAGCAGAAAGCCACGGUCAGGAAAAGCGCUCCUAUUUAAUCCUACCCAGAUUCAUCGUAGCUGGGCAAAAAGCAGCCUCUGGCCAUUUGCAACGCCAGGCAACUGUAAUGGGGACUGUGGCAGGGCUUGGUGACACGGGGUUGCCCUGACACUGGCUCCGGAGCCUCGGGCAGCAGCAUCGCUGCAGCAGUGUCACAGCUCAGUUUGGAAAAGCCCCUAAUUUGGUACUUGAACAAUCUCUUCUGGUUUUGAAUGAAUGUUUCUUUUUUUGUUUUGUUUUGUUUUUGUUACACUACCAGGGAAUAAAGCUCUGAAACGUCAGUGAGUCUUGUACGUUCGCUGCACUAUGCAGACACAAACAGGUACUGGUUGUGGGCGGGGAGGCUACGAGGCAGGUUUAAAUGCAGCUUUACACAGCAUUACGAUGCGGCCGGCUUGUUUUGUUUCAAAUCAGACUUUUUGUAUGCAUAGUUCCCUCCUGUUCCUUCACAAUAUCUGCUUUUGGACCAGCAAAGUGACAAAGCCUUCCCAAGGGCGAGCAGUGCAGGGGGGCAGCGGGUUAGGCUCACCCCCAUGCAGCACUCCGAGCACGGGGAGGCUGCCUGAGGCUUCAGGAUGCAGUGACAUCCCGAAUCGCAGAGGUUGAGGCUUCUGCCAAAAGAAAGCGGCGAUGCCAGAGCAGAUCCGUGUGCAGUGCAGGGCUGGGAGGCACUGGGCGAGCUGAUUGUGCUCCUGCGUGUGCAGGAGAAGCAGGCAGGAAAUUAAUAGAAGGCCGUACGGCCUCGCUCCGGCCUGGAAGGAAACUCACCUCGCCGAGCCCCUGGUUUUCCUUGGCACACCUCGUGCUGCCAGCAGCAGGGCCCCGCGCUGCCUGCCCAGAUAAACGCGAGCCUGUUCAGCCCAGCCGGCUCAGCACUGAGCGAAGAGCAUGUUUGGAUGGGGUGAGAGGAAGUUUGGCCAACAUUUUUGUGAAUCUUGCGUUCUGCGGGCAGAAAUACUUUCCACCGAAUGGGAAGGGAAAAAGAAGGAGAAAAAAAAAAAAAACCUCUUUUGAAAUCUUUUCAAUUCCUUCCUGUUUGUUCACAGGGCAGAUAGCAAGCAUUAGCCCUGUGCUGGUUUACUCCGUGGGUGACAGCAGUGCUGUGGGUGCUGGGCUUCAGGGCUGGCUCCAUCCCAUUAACGCGGAAUUUGCAGGUUUUAUCGCUGUGUUUUGUGACUUGAAUCGCCAUUUGUUCUAAAAUCUGCCUUUACAAAAAUGUAAUGUGAGCAUCAGAGGCAAAAAAUAAAUAAAUAAAAUAAAAAUACUUCUUAUUGAUAGGGGAAAAAAACAACCAGUAUUUGACAAAACAGCUUUAACUCGCCCCCUCCCCAACCUUCCUCUCGUAUCGCUUCCUCAAGGCUGGCAGCCGCUUGCCUCCGGACCCAGCAGUGCUGUACCUGUGCCCGGAUUCGGAGCAGUCAGAGCAGGGCCUUAGGGAUCACUUGGAAAAAAGGCUGGUGUCCGGAGGCAAGGCUGCCCAGGGGACCUCACCCCAGUAUCGCUCUGGUGGCUUCACAGGAGCCGGGCAGUGCUCGGGCCAGCAGCAGGGGCUCAGCUCAGUGGGCCGGGGGGGUUGGGUCCCCCCUUGUUUCCAUGAGCCACUUCUGCACCGAGCAAGGAGACGUUGGACUAAACCUGUUAAUUUUGUAUAUCUGGCUGUUUAUUGCACCACGGGAUUGUAAUGGUCUGCAUCAUCUGUGUGUGUGCGUGUGCGUGCGUGUGUCUCUGUGCUGUGUGUGUAGGUAGGUGUAAGCUGUAGUCACAGGUUAGAGGCGUCAGCUGCAAGUGGCACUGCCCCGUGGGAAGGAACCAAAACUCACCGCUAGCACGGUCGGGCACGCGUUUGGGCAAAGUUGGGCUCCUUUCUGUCAAACGACGAGGGGUUGGUUGUGCUCACCUCGAAUCUGUGCUUCUGAAAUCCCCUCUGGGGGGCUGCUGGUAACCCGCUCUGCACCUGGGCGUGCCAGGGGUUGGCUCUGGGACAAAGCACUCACAGCCGUUCAAAGCGAAGGGUUAGGUCAGGAAACCUUGUUCCUCCGCGAUGCGCUGAGUGCCUGCACGUUCCCCACGAAUCGUCCCGGCUCCAGCCGAUGUGCGCGGGGUGCUGGUGCUGCUGGUACUGGUGUUACUGGUGGUGGUGGUGCUGGUGCUGGUGGUGUGUGUCCCUUGUGAGCGGGCUGCCCGUACAGGUGCGGUUCGUUGUACAGCCUGAGUGGGCGUGCGGUCUUGUAGCGAGGGCUGGCGUAACAGCGCGCUCUUUGUACAACCUUUGCGUUCACGUUUCUUCUUCUUCUUUUUUUUUUUUUUAACCUUGAAUUCUAUUUUCUUUAAGGGAAACUGCAUCUGUUAGGAACCUGCUUCUCAAGAAGCCGUUGAAUUAUUUUCUUUCUGUAUGAAUUCCAGCAUGUAACUUUGGUACUCUUGUUUGUUAUUUGUGUAAAACCUGUUCUUCUGUCGUUUAUGGUGUAGUCAAAAAACAAAAAAAGAAAAAAAAAAAAAAGAAUUCAUGUAGUUUAACUUUUAAAAAAGAAACAAACUGCUUCAUAAGGAAACCAAUUGUAUGUUAGUGUUUUCAGACAAGUCAUACUGUAGUUUCUAGAUCAGUAAUGCAACACUGUACUUGUCACCAGAUGUGUUACGAUUUUGCUGUACUUUCCUUUCAUAGAUGGUUGGGCUUUUAAAUCCCAGACACUAAGCAUCCUGGGCCUACUUGCUCUAGAUCAAACAUGCAAUAAAGAGUUGCAAUAAAGCACAUUGACAUGUAAUGUUUUAGAAGGAUGUACUGACAGCUGUUUCUAAUAAAUUCAGAAAUGCAGCGUG